CUCCUUCAUGCACCCCAAACCUUAAGGAAUCUUACAUUAUAAAUACACAUCUACAACUUCUCCAUGCCUACAUCUUCCAUUUAUCAGUACAAUACUAUAUCUUCUAUUAUCCAAAACAACACAUUCCUAUUUUCUACAUCUUCUGUUUAAACAUAUUCUAUUAUCAAAAAAGCAACAACAAAUGACUUUAACACUUCAAUCAUCAACUUCUUUUAUCACUUUAAAAGAAACCAAAGGUGUUAAAACAUCUGAUGAUUUCUUAGGCAUGGUUUCUUUUGCACAAAGUACCAAGCCUUCUUGCCGGCUCAUAGCGAAGAGUUCGAUGCAAGAAGCUCAACUCUCCCAUGAAAAUAUCAUGGUUAAUCCCAUGGAAGUGAGGAAAAAUGAGAAAAGAGAGAAGCUACAUGAGUUAACAACUACUCACAGCAAUAGCAGUACAAAGGUACCUGUUUUUGUGAUGCUGCCACUUGACACCAUGACAAUGGGAGGGAAGUUGAACAAGCCUAGAGCGAUGAACGCGAGUUUGAUGGCCUUGAAAAGUAGUGGAGCUGAAGGGGUAAUGGUGGAUGCUUGGUGGGGAUUGGUGGAGAAAGAUGGACCCCUGAAGUAUAACUGGGAAGGAUAUGCUGAACUAGUCAAGAUGUGUCAAGAACAUGGCUUGAAGCUUCAAGUUGUCAUGUCUUUUCAUCAGUGUGGUGGAAAUGUUGGAGACUCUUGCAGUAUUCCUCUACCUCCAUGGGUACUUGAAGAAAUCAGCAAGAAUCCUGACCUUGUCUACACAGAUAGAUCAGGCCGGAGAAAUCCCGAGUAUAUUUCCUUAGGCUGUGAUCAGUUACCAGUACUCAAAGGAAGAACACCGAUUCAGGUGUAUACUGACUAUAUGAGGAGCUUCAGAGAAAGAUUCAAUGAUUACUUGGGAAGCGUCAUAGUGGAAAUCCAAGUGGGAAUGGGUCCUUGUGGGGAGCUAAGAUAUCCAUCCUAUCCAGAAAGCAAUGGUACAUGGAGGUUUCCUGGAAUUGGAGAAUUCCAAUGCUAUGACAAGUACAUGAGAGCUUCACUGGCAGCAGCUGCCAAGGCAGCUGGAAAGGAUGACUGGGGCCAGGGAGGACCUCACGACUCUGGGCAGUACAAUCAGUUUCCCGAGGACACUGGGUUUUUUCAAAGGGAUGGAACAUGGAACAGUGAAUAUGGACAGUUCUUCCUAGAAUGGUAUUCAGGAAAGCUACUGGAGCAUGGUGACAGAAUCCUAGCAGCAGGAGAAAGUAUAUACCGAGGAACUGGGGCGAAGCUAUCUGGAAAGGUAGCUGGGAUUCACUGGCAUUACAAUACUAGAUCACAUGCAGCAGAAUUAACGGCUGGAUAUUAUAAUACAAGACACAGAGAUGGGUAUCUACCUAUAGCACGCAUGUUAGCAAAACAUAGUGUUGUACUUAACUUUACAUGUAUGGAAAUGAGGGAUGGUGAACAGCCCCAGAGUGCAAACUGCUCACCAGAAGGCUUAGUUCGACAAGUUAAAACUGCAACGAGAACUGCUGAAGUAGAACUUGCUGGAGAAAAUGCUCUAGAGAGGUAUGACGAAGGAGCGUAUUCUCAAGUUUUGGCAACAAGCAUGUCAGAUUCUGGAAAUGGAUUGAGUGCAUUUACUUUCUUGAGAAUGAACAAACGGUUGUUUGAGCCACAAAAUUGGCGGAAUCUAGUGCAAUUCGUGAAGAGCAUGUCGGAAGGAGGUCGAAAUGCUAGCCUUCCAGAGUGUGACUCAACCAGGACAGACCUCUAUGUAAGAUUUAUCGGAAAGAGUGAUUCUAAGAAAGCUACACAGGUUGCAGUAGUGUAAUGAUACACAUCUGUAUACAUGUAAUAUAGUCAUCUCAUUGUAAAUUAGCAGAGAAAAGCAGCACAAAGUACUAAAGUGCCAUACUCAUAGCACCUAAAAGAGUCCACAAGAAUUUGAGUCUGUCUGAAACUAAACUAUAGAAGACAAGAAAAAGAGCCAAGUAUGUCAAUCUUCUCCACCCUGGUUCAGAGGUUGCGAAGCUCUGGGUCAUUGGGACGAUGAGACAGUAUCAUACAAGGAUGAGCAUAUUCUUUUUUUUUGUACAAGAAUAAAAAUGUUCUGCCUUCCACAAUUGUUAUUGAAAUUAAGGAGCUAAUAAUAUUGCUUCCUACA